AUGUUCAAUUUAGGGAAACCAGCUUCAACAGGAUCGCUCUUUGGUCAGAAUCAAAGUAAUAUGAAUAGUACGGUAGGCGGUAACACAGGGUUCAGUUUUGGACAGAAUACUGGGGCAAAUACUACUGCGGGUGCUGGUGGUCUGUUUGGGAAUAAACCAGCAGGUACAGCAACAGCAGCAACUGGUGGAUUGUUCGGUUCAAAUCAAAUUAAUACUAAUACAAACGCACCGGGAGUAGGGGGUAUGUUUGGAGGAGCUAAUGGUAAUAAUAAUAAUAUGGCUGCCCCAGGUACUAAUACUACUGGUGGUGGUUUGUUUGGUGCUUCAACUAAUACUAAUGCUGGUGCACCUGCCACUGGAGGUUUAUUUGGUGCCAAACCUGCUGCUCCAACUACAGGCGGUUUAUUUGGUGCCUCUACUACUAAUACAGCGGCUCCGGGUACAACUGGUGGUGGUUUAUUUGGUGCCUCUACUACUAAUACAGCGGCUCCGGGUACAACUGGUGGUGGUUUAUUUGGUGCCUCUACUAUGAAUACCGGUGCAUCUGCCACUGGAGGUUUAUUUGGUGCCAAGCCUGCUGCUCCUGCGACAGGUGGAUUAUUUGGUAACAAUAGUAAUACAGGGACAACUACAGGUGGCCUGUUUGGUGCUAAGCCUGCAACUACGGGUGGAUUAUUUGGAGCAAAACCCGCUACUACAGGUAGUUUGUUUGGUAAUAAUAAUAAUAAUACAAUGGCUACUGGCGGUGGUUUAUUCGGUAAUAACAAUAGUACAUUAGGUGGUGGCCUAUUUGGUAAUCAACAGCAGCAGCAGCAACAACAAAUAUCAGCUUUGCAACAAAUAUCACAGUUACCUGUUAAUCCGAUGACAAGAAUAUCAGACUUACCGCCACAAUUAAAACAAGAAAUUGAACAAUUGGAUCAAUAUAUACAAAGACAGGUACAGAUCUCUCAAAAUUUAAAAUCAGAACACAGUGAACAUAUAGAAUUAAUAGACUCAGUACCACGUGAUAUACAAUAUCUACUGAAGACUCAAUCACAAACAAAUCAAUUAUUAGCCCAGGAUUUAAAGAAAAUUUUAUCAAUUAAAGAUUUAACAGAUCACAAUAUUGCAGAUACACAAACAUUUUCCAUAUUAUUACAACAAUUAUUAACCCCAGGUAGUAAAGUAUCAUCUUUGGAACUAGAUAAAUUCUUUCAGUAUAGAAUUCAAGUUUAUAAUUCAAAAUUGGAUGAAUAUUCCAGAGUUUUAUCCGAUAUUGAAAAUACUAUAAAUGGCAUAAAUAAUGAAGUUACAGGUGAUUCCGAUCCAACAGUAAGUAAUAUUUAUGGUGUUAAAAAUAGCAUGGAAUUUAAUGAUUUUGUGUCUCUGAAAUCUGGCUUACAUGCAAUUAUUAAUACCGUGAUAGAAGAGUUUAAUCUUUUCAUGGAUAUUGCACAAAGAAUAGCAGUUCUUCAUCAACAUAUCAAGGAUAUACCUUCUAAUUGA